UGCUGCAGAUUUGUGCGUUAAGAAAGAAAGAAAAAAAAAAAAAGUCAUGGCAGCGAGUGACGGUUGCAGCAGCUUCUUAACAUUGUCGUGUGCAGGUGCAGUGCAAAAUCAACAUGUAUCACACCCUACAACGUUUUUGGGAGUUCCUAAAAACAAUCAGAGAAAAAGGAAAACACCGCACAGGUUAGUUGUGGUUGCGGUGACUCAAGGCUCUGCUGAAUCAAGCAAGUCCGAUGAAAAAAUCCCUUCGUGGGCCAAACCGGACUCCGAUGAACCUCCGCCGUGGGCCCGGGACGAGCCCAACAACAACAGUUCGCAACAAGAAGGAUUUGAGAUCCCGUUCUAUGCUUAUUUGUUUGCCUCUGCUAUCACUGCUAUUGCCGCUAUAGGCUCCAUUUUCGAAUAUGUGAAUCAAAAGCCUGUUUUCGGAGUAUUAAGCUCUGACAGCGUGUUUUAUGCUCCCUUGCUUGGUUUUUUUGUCUUCACCGGCAUUCCCUCAUCGGCUUUUCUGUGGUUCAAGUCCGUUCAAGCUGCUAACAAGGAAGCGGAGGAACAAGAUAAGAGGGAUGGCUAUUUGUAGGGUGUGAGUGGUUCUGAGUUGAACACGCUUCCUUUGUUUUAUUGAUGUAAGUUAUAUGAGUAAAUUGCACAUAAUGCCUAUUGUAUGUCACACUUUAAAUUUAAUGUGAAUAUUCAUGCUUUGUAUGAAAUCAGAGAUUAGUAUGAUAGAAUAUUGAGCACCAUGCCAUUGCGUAAUCA